AUGUUUCUGCUACGGUAUUUGGAACUUUUGGAAGUAGAAGAUCUAUACCUGGGCCUCGGAGAGCACUCAACGGCGAGUGCGCUAUAUUUCGGAGAUAUCGAUAUUGCACCAGUUCUACGUUACACAACUCAGCAUGCGGGAUAUUAUGACGUCAUACAUCCGCAUGUCACUUACGCAGCAGGCGGUUACUUCUAUCGAAUACCAACAACUGGCGUUGGUAAAUUUGAGAACCAGUUUCUCACACCGUUUACCGGUACGGUCUGGUUGUGUGUGGUGGUGGUAAUUGCUUUGUGUGGCGUUGGUUUGGUGUUAGGUGCGAGCUUUGAGGAUCGGCCCCAAGCUGGAAGAUAUGCUUUCUUCUCCGUUGUGGCUCUCACUUGUCAGCAAUUCUUUGAAGAUGUCGACGAAAGUGCUGUAAAACGAAAUUCAACAGCUCGUAAGCUAACAAUUCUAGUGACCGGUUUAUCGUGCGUCCUGAUUUUCAACUACUACACUAGUAGCGUGGUCAGUUGGCUCCUAAACGGGCCUCCACCAUCCAUCAACUCACUAUGGGAACUCAUGAAUAGCCCACUAGAACCAAUAUUCAUGGAUGUUGGAUACACUUGGUCAUGGCUUCAGUCACCAAAUUAUUAUUUCAAUGUAAGAGAUGCGAAGGCAGAAGAUGUUUUGAAGAAGAAGGUAAAGAAGAAAGGACCCCAUUUAGUAUCGACGCCGACUCAGGGAAUUGAAUUGGUUCAUAAGGGAGGAUACGUCUUAUACUGCGAUACAGACACCGCAAAUAAGUACAUAGCGUUGACGUUCUCGGCGAGAGAACUUUGCGAUGUGGGACGGCUUCCGGGUCUUGAAAAAAUACCUAUGUACUCGUGUGUACAGAAAAAUAGUCCUUAUAGAGAAUUUUUCAUAUGGAGCUUUGCUCGAAUGGCAGAACAAGGCAUUAUAAAGCUGAUUCAAACCAGGACUUAUCCGCCUGAAAUAAGAUGUGAAGGUAGUACUCCAAGGGCACUGGCUUUGGGUGGAGCGGCACCAGCAUUUAUAAUACUGGCUUUUGGAUAUAUAAUGGGAACUCUUUUCAUGGUUAUGGAAAGGAUUAUAAAAGUCCACAAGGAUAAGAAGAUGAUGAAAGUAAAAUAUUUUGAAUGA